CUGUAAUUGUUCGUCGGGCUGCUUCGUCUUGCCCCCGCCGGAGGGAGUGGAUUAUUCCUCGGGGGAUCCCCACAGCUCCUGCGGAAGGUGCUGUGGCUGCAGUUUACUCACCAGAUACCAACCACACACUAAUAUUUGGAGAAACACUUGUAUAGGUACAGUUCUUCACCCAUGAUGCAUUUCAAAGCUGGAUUAGAACUGACUGAAUUGCAGAAUAUGACUGUCCCCGAAGAUGAUAACAUCAGCAAUGAUUCAAAUGAUUUCACAGAGGUGGAAAAUGGCCAAAUAAAUAGUAAGUUUAUUUCGGACCGGGAGAGCAGAAGAAGUCUCACAAACAGCCACCUGGAGAAGAAGAAAUGCGAUGAAUAUAUCCCAGGAACUACUUCAUUGGGGAUGUCUGUCUUCAAUCUCAGCAAUGCAAUUAUGGGCAGUGGGAUUUUGGGUCUUGCUUUUGCCUUAGCCAACACGGGAAUUCUCCUUUUUCUGGUGCUUUUGGUUUCAGUGACACUGCUGUCUAUCUAUUCAAUACAUCUCCUGUUGGUGUGUUCGAAGGAAACAGGCUGCAUGGUGUAUGAAAAGCUGGGUGAGCAGGUCUUUGGUACUCCAGGGAAAAUUAUUAUCUUUGGAUCCACAUCUCUCCAGAACGUUGGAGCAAUGUUGAGCUAUCUCUUCAUAGUCAAAAAUGAGCUGCCUUCCGCCAUAAAGUUUCUGAUGGGAAAGGAAGAAACUUUCUGGGAAUGGUACGUGGAUGGGCGGGUUCUUGUUGUCACCGUGACGUUUGGUAUAAUCCUUCCCUUAUGCCUCCUUAAGAACUUAGGGUAUCUUGGCUACACCAGUGGAUUUUCAUUGAGCUGCAUGGUAUUUUUCCUGAUAGUGGUUAUUUACAAGAAGUUUCAAAUUUCCUGUGGUGUACCAGAGCUAAAUGCAACUUCAGCUAUCCUAUCAAAUAGCUCAGCACAUGAACAUAUGUGUAAGCCAAAGUAUGUUAUCUUUAAUUCCAAGACCGUGUAUGCUUUGCCCACCAUUGCUUUUGCAUUUGUGUGCCACCCCUCAGUCCUCCCGAUUUACAGCGAGCUUAAAGACCGUUCACAGAAAAAAAUGCAGUUGGUUUCUAAUAUCUCAUUUUUUGCCAUGUUUGUGAUGUACUUUAUGACUGCCAUAUUUGGCUAUUUGACUUUCUAUGACGAUGUGCAGUCAGAUCUGCUUCACAAGUACCAGAGCAAAGAUGACAUCCUUAUCCUGACCGUGCGCUUGGCUGUGAUUGUGGCGGUGAUACUCACGGUGCCGGUGCUGUUUUUCACUGUGCGUUCAUCAUUGUUUGAGCUGGCUAGGAAAACAAAAUUUGAUUUAUACCGCCAUGUUUUGGUUACUUUGGUUCUUUUGGUUAUCAUCAACUUGUUAGUCAUUUUUAUCCCAACCAUGAAGGAUAUUUUUGGAGUUGUAGGGGUCACUUCUGCCAAUAUGCUGAUUUUCAUUCUUCCUUCAUCUUUGUAUUUAAAAAUUACACAGCAGGAUGGAUCAAAGUUGACUCAGAGGAUUUGGGCUUCUCUUUUCUUGGCCCUGGGAAUAAUGUUUUCUCUAGUGAGCAUUCCUUUGGUCAUCUAUGACUGGGUUCAAUCAGGAGGCAGUGCUGAAGGCCACUGAAGAUCACCUCCUUUUGAAAAGAGGACACCCCUGUUCGCUACACACCAAAAUCUCAACUAUCCAUUCUGUUACCUAUUCCAUCUUUUGUGAGUUUACUCAAAUCAGAUCCAAAUAAUGACUAUCCAGUACUGAAAAUGCUGUUAUGGGUAUGCUUUCUUGCAGAAAACAGACCCAUUUCUCCAACAGGCAUAUCACUCUGUCACCUGAUACUGAGUUAUCAGACCAGCACCAAUCUGUGUUGUCUGUGGGGCUAUAUAGAGUGCUGCUCACAGGAAUUCAUCACAGUUAAUGUUUCCCCUCUUCCAUCCAUGAAUUGCAUCGUUCAGUUGUUUUCCAUAGCCCUUCAACCAUAACAUCUGCUCUUUUAGGGUAGCAGUGCCUGUUCUUACCAGUUUCAACUGGAGUGAUGUUGGUUCACGCCCUUCCCAUCUCUCUUUCCCUUUAGCUAAAACUAUGCUCACCAAUUGUACGUAUCUGGUUUGUUUGUUGAUUGGUUUGUUCUGUUGCUGUUUUGUCCACCAUUUGCUUCACUGGGUUAAGUGUAGCACUCUGGAGAUGGGCACAAAAAGCACCAUGAGAGGGUAAAUGAGCACUGUAUAUCACAGGUCCUAAAUAUGGUGCUUCUUUCUGAUGUUCUGGCUGGGGAGCCAGGCCCAGGGCUUGGAGGGCUUGGCUCUUUGACAGCUCUGGAUAACAGACCUCUGUGUUUGUGUUUGUGAUGGGGUUCAGGGAGCAGCAGAAGGAUGGCCACCACCAUCAUUCCCCUCACACAGUUCAGCUGGAGCCUGACUAGAACUAGACUUGACCCAAAACCAGAAGUACUUGGGCCUGAAGAGAAUCAGAUGCUUGGAGAUUUCCAUAGGAAGUCUGUAUUAAUGUUCUGCUCCUCUCACAAAAAAAAACCCAACAAAAACAAACAACCAAACUGAAAAAAAAAAACCCAAGCUCCAGUUUUAUCAAAACCUAUGCAUUUAAUCAUACCUCAUGCCUUUUCCAUUCUGGGAUUCAUCUGUACACACCUUGUAGAGACUGGCUCAUCUCUUGUGUCCUACCCUCCCUCCACUGAUGUCAGCACAGUUUUUGACAGCCAUGGGAGCAGGAUUUGACUCACCCUGCCAAACUACUGGAUUUCUGAUGGAAAAUGAAAUCUGUAAUAUUUCUCUAAACCAAUCACUUUUUAAUAUUCAAAAUAGUUCAUAUGUGUUUCUCAUUGAUCCUCCAUGACAGUUAAAGACAUUCAAUUACUACUAGCAGAAAACACUGUAACUUGCAUCUGAUAUCCAGAAAACAAGCAUUUGCCUAAUGCCUUAUAGCUGGUGUAGAGACCUGCUUGUAGAGACUCAAAUGCUAAGCAGGCGAUCAUUAAACAUCCUCAGCAGACAUCUUCUAGUGGUGCACUGCCAGCAGUGUAAAUGUGUUUGUGACAUUCACCAUGUGAGCUAAAACGUGUCUCAAAAUAUGAACCCAGCUCCCACUGAAAGAACCAACGGCUAAAGGGAGCCCCACUUUAUACUCAAAAGUUAUACCCUUGAUGUUCUUGAGCCAUACCUGUCAGUAUGUAGUGACCCUCCUGUUUCCAGUAGCUCUGUUGUAACUGUGGAAGGAGACUGUCAUCAGCUGUGGGGAAUUUGUCGUUGCAGUUUGCUCUUUUUAAGUUUAGGGAUGGAGAGUUCAAGACCAUGGGAUUUGUGUGCUAUUGAGUUGCCUAAGCCUUGUCAUAAAUGGCUUGAAGUCACUGGGAGUUGAGACCACAAGAGCGCUUCUCAGGACCUUGAAAGUUGAUUUCUACGGGUAACAUCCAGAGAGGUUAGUUUUGGGCCUUCUUUGGAAUUUGGGCAUAGAGAUGCAGAGGUUUGUGCUGCAGAAACUAAGUCUACUAAAUCCUGACUUCUAGAUCUGUCCCUCAGGCAGGCUGCCCAAAUCCUCACUAAGGACAAAAUUGGAAGCUUUCUCCCUUGCUAGAUUGCAGAGUGAGGUUCCCUUGUUCUAAUUUCCUCCUGGCCUCACAGGCUCCCAAGCACCCCUCAGCCCAGCAUUCAACUCCUGGGCUGAGGUCAUUUGUGCUUUCUUGCAGCUGGUCUCAAACCCUUGCCUGCAGUGCUGCAUGUCACCAUUUCUCUCUGGGCUGUCUCUGUAUGAGCCUGAUCCCUGCCUUUACUCAUGGAGAAUCCCAUACCAUGGCCUACAAGUCCUGUCAAGCUCUGGAGGGAAGAACCUGUACUUGGUUCCUCUCUCCUCACAGCUCGUUCCAGACAUCUUCCCACCUUGGGAUGCAAGUUUGUAGCUCCCCUUUUGCAGGAAUUCAGCCCGUCCUGGUCACUGCAGCAGGAGCCCAGCAUCUCGCAGUUCUCUGACUCAUCUGGAUGGGGCUGCAUUUCAGGUUUUGAGGUGCCUUAUAAUCUCUCUGGAUCUUAUCCUAAAAAAAAUAACUCAGACCUGAGAAUGCUGUACAGUGUUAUCCUCAAGACACUAGGAAUCUUCUGCUUUCCUCUCUCCUUAUACUAUCCUUUUUCUGCUACUGCUUUAAGAGCAAUGCAGCUCUGUCCAUGAGGGGUUUGUGACAGGAGGUCCUGGAAGCAACUUGCAAGUACCCGGGGUAUAGGCUAGCAGUCUGAUUUGCUGCGCAAGGACCUGGCAAGGUCACGAUUGCGACAUCUCCUUCCUGUGUUUAGAAUGCCAGCUAUUGUGUUUUGUCACCCAGCAUCAACUUGAAGGGCUGUUGGGUGACUGCUUGCUCCUUGCAUCUUCACCUAUCACCAUUGCUACCCCUCUCUCUCCUCUUUGUUAUUCUGCCAUCUUCUUUUUUCCAGUUUAUUUGUAUACAGGAUAAAUAGGGACAAGAAUGAGCUGGGUGUGUACAGAGAGUGAAGCUACCCACAGUACUCUACCACCAAAGCAUAGCUUAGAUACUGAAAAAUAGAUACCCAAAAUACGGAGUCUUUAAACAGACUCUGGGGGGGGAAAUAAUUUAAAAAAAAAAAAAUUAAAAAAACAACAGGGAAUUUUUCUUAAACUGAUUUACUGGCAUCAUAUUUAUAGAUAUUUAUGGAAAGGAAUCAUGUGUUUCUUGAUGUCUGUGGUAAUGAACGUGAAAUAACGUGCUGUUUGUUUUCUCAUCAGGUUUAUACAUUCUUAAGAGACCCUGCUGUAACUGUCAACAUCAGUGAUGGAUGACAAUAUUUGUAUGAGGUUAUCUGUAAAAUGUACUGCUGUUAUUCAGUUCAUUUGGAAUAGUGAACUUGUAGCCAACAAUGUACAAGCCCCACAUUUUAGUUAGGAUUUUUAAGAGCACAGUGAAAUGUUGUAGGAGUUUCUCUGAUGUUAAAUUAAUAGGAUACAGAGAACCAUAUCUACUCAGUAGGUGGUAGCAUGCUUUCUUUUCAUAGGGAGUUUAUCACUGUUGUGAGAACUGUCAUAGCCUGGAUGCAAAAUUGCUCCUAGUAAUAACUGCAACAAAAUAUUUUAAAAUUCUUGUUUGCCUAAUGGCAACAUUGAGUGGUGAUAGACAAGGAAAGACUAAUUAGAGGCAGGAGUUUGUCAGAUUGUAGUAGUCAAUCCUACACUUAAAAGAUGGUCUUGCUGCUUUUCCUAGUCCACAGGACAUUGCAAAGAAAAUAGUCAUGAGUUUGAAGCACCCAUAAGGCUGUAGAAUACAGCUGCCCCUCUCUGUCCAGUGGUAAACACACCAGUAAAUAAAACACAGUAAAUUGGUAUUUAAGAACAGUACCUCAGGAGCAAUGACCUCUCCGGGUGUAGAAUACAGCUGCCCCUCUCUGUCCAGUGGUAAACACACCAGUAAAUAAAACACAGUAAAUUGGUAUUUAAGAACAGUACCUCAGGAGCAAUGACCUCUCCGGGUGAUGCUUGCUCCUGGUCAGGGGGCGACUGCCAAAUCUGCGCACCAGCACAAACCUUCUGUGGGGCUGACAGGCGUUGAGUGGUGCCCAGCCCAUGUGCAGGCCUAGGGCAGAAUGGCCUGUUUCAUCCUGUGAGGUCAGGGAUGGUGGUGCCCAUUCACUCCUGAGGGCUGCUUUCCUGAGCCACGCACCAACCCAUAGCUUGUGCUCCACUUGCAAUGGUGACACAUGCAAAUGCAGGUUGGAUGGUAUGUGGGCUGUGUCUGUACAUCUGCCUUACAAUGCAUAAGCACGAGAGCUCUCUCUGAUAGUGAGCAUUAACAACAGCAAUGAAUGGUAUCUCUAGCUUUUAUCUUUAAAUGAAUACAUUUCUUUGCUUGGACCUUACAUUAAGGCUAAAGAGCACCUUGGUCAGAAAAAUAAUGUUCCAUGUGGUGGUGUCCCACUUCCAGUCCUACUGUCCCAUCCUAGUGCCUGUCAGAGAAAGGCACAGCAGAAUGUACUCAGCUCUAUCAGCAGCUCCAGAAAAUGGCUUUAUAGCCUGGCACCAGGGUGCCCUCUUAAACAGUUUCCUGGAGCCCUUGGUCUUAGGAAAAUCCUUAUUUCCUGUUAAGUACAAAAAGAAUGUUUUAUUUGUAUCUAAUGUAAGGAUUUCUGUAAUUAAACUGUGAAAAAGAAAAAGAUAAUGAAUUAACAGAAAGUACAGGGCUGAAAAGGUCUAGAAUUCACAAAUUGUACUCAAGCCUAUGUUUCUGAAGACAAAUCUAUGCAGUUGUGUUGUAUUGUAGGAAAUUUCAUUUUUAUGUACAUAUAUAUAUUGUAAAUAAAUAGGAUGCUGUAUAUUUUUGCAGUUGUUUAUCCCCUAUGAUAUAGAAGUGUUGAGAUAGGCUCUGCAUAUUAAGAAUAAAUUUAAUACAUAUCCAAAUACUUCUGACUUUCUCCCAGGAGUUCACAAGUUGAAUACUAAACUUGAAAUUAUAAUUACAUUGCUAAUCUAACAAGAAAAAGAGAAUUUAAAGGUCCAGUGAAAUGUUUGGGAUUAAUUCCAGUGUAUGACUUCCUGUUUUCUAAACAGCAAGUUAUCCAGUUUUCCUUCUGGGUGAAACAUCUCCAUUGUAAAGGGCCCCUUUGAUACCCAGAUACCUAUUACCUCCUUAGAUGAGGACGGGUGGUAGUAGUGCUGAAAAGGGUUUAUGCAGAACCCAGAGCAAACUGCAGCCAGCAAUCUGACCCUGUAUUAUGCCAUGUUGUAUCCAGAUGUGUAUUUACCCAAGUAGUACAAACAGAAGCUAGAGUGGGACUUUUGCAUCUUCAUUUUCAGCCACCAGAAAUGCCUGUAGUUCAGAAAAAAUACUACAAGCCAGGGGUUGACAGCAACCAGAGCAAUUUGUGCCAUUUCUAGCCUGCUUUCUGCAGAGUCCUGCAAGUGCUCCUCUGCUGCAGAGCCAGGCAAGCUGUUAUCAUACAAUCAAAACACUGAGGCUGACAGAGCAUCCCCAGCUAGGGACUGCUUGAAAAUCCUUCCCUGUGAACAGGCAUAAGCCAGUAUUUUGGACAUGGGACUGCUGUGUGUCCAGCAGUGAGGAGUCCCCCAGGAGGGGGGAAUCAUGUAUGUCCUUAGAGUGCCUCUGUUCUCAAGAGCCUUGCAUAGACUUUUCUCACUGGUAAAGCACAGAAAUGUGGGGUUUAGGAUUGCUGAAAAAUAGAGGUUGAGAGAUGUAUCUAAAAAUAACUGUUAUCUAUUUCUGUGUUUGCUUUGUGGUCUUGGAUGAAAAUGAAACUUGAAAUAACAUUUGCUUUCACUGUUAAGCACAAAUUUGAGGAGAAAACCUGGAUUCAGUCACUUCUACAGAGCUUCUCAAAUUAAUACAAGUGUAUGUUUUGUUUUAAGUGUUAUAGCCAACAAAAUAUAAACUGUAAAGGUAUUUUUCCACAAGACUUGAACUUUAACUUGUUUAUAGAAACCUGUUUUUAGUGUCCCAAGCUAUGUUAAGGCUCAUCGAGAUCCAGUAUAAACAAUAGUGUUUGAAUGGUGUACAAUUGAUAUGAGCUUGUCUCUAAUAGAUUGCUGAAGUGAGUCAUUGGUAAUAUUUUGCUCCUGCUAACAUCACCAUACUUUGUGCUGCUCAUAUCCAAAUAAACGAUGCAGUUUUUCAGUUUCUGUGUGUAAAUAAAAAUUUUAAAAGUGUAUUAAGUUCUAUAAUCUCUCUGUUACCUCUCUAGUUUUUAAACAUUAAAAUUGUGAUCUAAACCAG